AUGCGAGUAAUCAGCGAUACUGUGGAUCACGUGAUCAGCGAACGGGUGGCCAACAAUGCACAGGUGCCCGACUUUUUGCAGCAUUCGGUGAACGCUAGCGUAUGGGCCGACACAUACCCGACUUCUCCUGUAAGCGUCAAUAAGGCUUUUGAUAAAUUAACCAAGGAGGAAGUGAUUGGUCAGACAAUAAACAUGUUGGCCGCCGGACACGAGACCACAGCCUCGCAGUUGUGUCUCAUUACUCGCAUACUUGCGCUCAAACACUGGUAUCAAACAAAACUGGUCGACGAGAUUCAUCACACACUGUAUAAUAAGGAUAACAAUGAGUUGUCUAUGGAUUACGAAAAGUUGCAAAAAAUGCCAUUUUUGGACCCAUUUAUCAAAGAAGUGAUGCGAGUUAACUGUUUGGUCACCCGGUAUGUAGUGUUGCCACAUGUGUUCCACUUAAUAUUCCUCGACAGAAUGCUUACAAAAGACACGUAUUUAGAGGGUAUUUAUCUGCCAAAAGGCACGUCUAUUGUGAUACCCAUUUGGGCGUUGCAUUUAGACCCUGAUCAUUUUGCGGACUCUGAUGACUUUAAGCCGGAACGGUUCCUACCGGAAAAUCUAGAUGAUAUCAAACCGUAUACAUACCUACCCUUCUCUACCGGUCCGCGAAAUUGCAUUGGUAUGCAAUUUGCGGUAUUAGAGCUCAAGUAUACGUUAGUUAAGUUGUUGUGUAGGUAUGAGUUUGUGCCGUGCAAUGAGACCAAGGAUAUGGACUUUUAAAAUCCAUUGGUACAAGUAGCCAGUGUUAAACGCAUGAUGGUUAAGAUUAAGCACCGUGAUGGAUUUAAUAAUAAUUUUUAAUUUAU